AUGUCCAAAGCCGUUGUUAAGACGACCUUCGAGGCGUCUCGAACGCUUCGUCCUAUCUAUACCGGGGGAAGCACCGCGCUCGAUGCCAGCGGCCGCCUACUGGUUGCUUGUGUCAACGAAGAUGCGCUCGUCGUCGACCUUGAGACUGGCAACCAGCUCGCUACGCUUGACGGAGAUGGAGAAGUUAUCACUAGCUUGGCCAUUACUCCCUCGGCUUCGCACGUUAUCCUUUGUUCCCGAUCCAUGUCAAUGCGCAUAUACUCCCUCUCCCAAUACGAAGAUACAACUCCUACCCUUGAAACGAAGCUCGUUCGGAGUCUAAAGCCUCACACAGCGCCAGUUGUGACAACCGCCACCGACUCCACCGGUACGUUACUAGCGACUGGAGCUGCAGAUGGCUCAAUCAAAGUCUGGGAUAUCCGAGGUGGCUACAUCACGCAUAGCUUUCACGGCCAUGGUGGUGUGAUCUCAGCCUUAUGCUUCUUCCAACCACCCACGGCGGAGCACGACGGAAAACUGUCCUCGAAAAAAAAACCGAAACGGAAGACUGGGAUGGCAGGCGAUGAUGAUGACAACGAGAUGAUGGACCUAGAUUCUGCCUCCAACUCCAACGGUGCAUUCCGGCUUGCCUCCGGUAGUGAGGAGGGUAAAGUGCGCGUCUGGGAUUUGAAUAAAAAGAAGUCCAUUGCAUCUCUCGACUCGCAUGUUUCUGUUGUACGCAGCCUAUCAUAUUCGUUAACGGAGAAUGCUCUAUUGUCCGCUGGCCGAGACAAAACUGUCAUUGUGUGGGAUAUGCGAACUUUCAAAACUCGGAGGAUAAUUCCUGUUCUCGAAAGUGCCGAAGCAGCUUCCUUUGUUGCCGAAGGCGGACUAUGUCUGGUUGGAGGAGAGUAUGGCAGGUUACGCGUUUGGGACUGCAAUAGGGGAGGAGAGGUUACCGGUGACCAGGAAGCUGCGCCGGAAUUUGAGGCAAUCAUCGCGAUUCACUAUACACCAGGGAUGUCGUUCGCUAUGACUGUUCAUGCUGAUCAAACACUAAGGCUGCAUUCUCUUGAGCCUCUAUCAAACCUCAAGCCUGGAACCACCAUCGAUCCGCUGCCGGUUGUCAGGCGCAUAUCAGGUAACGAUGAUGAUAUUAUUGAUCUCGCAUACGUCGGUCCCGAUCGUUCUAUGCUUGCUUUGGCAACCAAUACUGAGAGCAUCCGGAUUGUCUCUGUUGGGCCGUCUGACUACAGGCCUUCAACAGAUGGGCAGGAGUAUUUCGGUGCUGAUAUCGCUCAUCUGGAUGGCCACGACGACAUCAUUAUCUGCAUCGAUGUGGACUGGUCUGGUCACUGGCUUGCUACAGGUGCAAAGGAUAAUACGGCACGUUUAUGGCGCCUAGACCCGCAGAAUUCGUCAUACACAUGUUUCGCCCUCCUAACGGGUCACGCAGAGUCUCUAGGAGCCAUCAGUUUUCCACGGGACUCACCCCCUCCUGAUACGCCAGCGUACAAGGCUCCAGUAAAUCAUCCCCCUCCGUUCGUCAUCACGGGUUCCCAGGAUCGUACAGUCAAGCGAUGGAACGUCGGAAAGCUAGGCCCUACCAUUGGCAAUAAGCCCCAUACACCGAAAGCGCUGUUCACUCGCAAGGCUCACGACAAGGACAUCAACGCUCUGGACGUGAGUCCGUCAUCGGCAUUGUUUGCUUCAGCCUCACAAGACCGAACCGUCAAAAUCUGGUCUGCAGACGACGGGUCCGUCGUGGGUGUCUUGCGCGGUCACAAGAGAGGAGUUUGGUCGGCGCGUUUUUCCCCCAAGGGCACACCGAUCCUUAGUGCAGAUGCCAAAAGCAGCACUAACAGAGGCAUGAUUGUAACGGGCUCAGGUGACAAGACUGUGAAGCUCUGGAGUUUGUCCGACUAUAGCUGUCUUCUUACGUUCGAAGGCCACACGAAUAGCGUACUCAAGGUGCUCUGGCUCCCACCACCCGACAUGUCCAGUAAGACCGAAGAUGAGGAAGAUGAGGAUGCAGCAGCAUCAAAGCCCAACUCUAUUCAGCUCCGACCUCUUGUUGCUUCCGCAGCCGCAGAUGGGCUGGUGAAGAUCUGGUCCCCCUACACAGGCGAACUGGAAACAACCCUUGACAACCACACCGAUCGAGUCUGGGCGCUAGCCAGCCCUACACCAUCCGGGACGCGUGACGACGUCAAUUCCUCCGCAACCAAAUCUACCUCCCCCUACGCCAUUGCAUCCGGCUCCGCAGAUUCUACAGUCACCUUCUGGACCGACACAACCUCCGCAACCUACACUGCCGCCGUCAACGCCAACUCUGCCCGCAUAGAACAAGACCAGCAGUUACAAAAUUACAUCGUAGCAGGCGCGUACCGUGAGGCAAUCACCCUCGCCCUACAGCUCAACCACCCCGCGCGCCUCCUGUCCCUCUUCAGCGCCGCCAUCGACGCUGCGGACGAUCCUCACAAUACUGACAACCAAGGCGAAGAUCGUGCAAACAGUUUCACCGGGAACCCGUCUAUUGACGAGGUCCUCCAAACUCUUGACCCCGCCAACCUCUACGUCCUCGUUCUUCGUCUCCGGGACUGGAAUACCAACGCGCGCCAUUCUAAGGUCGCGCAGCGAAUAUUAUUCGCUCUCUUCCGCUCCUAUCCGGCGUCUACGUUUGUUGAGCUCGCUUCCUCGAGCAUAGCGAAGCGAAACGGAGAUGGACGCGCUGCAGCUGCUAUGAAGGAUAUUCUACAAGCCUUGGCCUCGUACACGGAGCGACAUUAUCGCCGUGUAGAGGAGCUCGAAGAUGAGAGCUACCUCGUCGAAUGGGUUCUAGGUGAGAUGGAUGGUGGUAUUGGAUUAAGUGCGCUUGGAGCUCCUACACAGGGCAUCAAUGAGAUUGAAGAUAAAGCUGAGCACGGGAAGGAUGUUGUUAUGCUCGGUGCUUAA